AUGAGGAGUCGCGCAAUUUUACAACGAUUCAAGUUUCGAGCUUUCUCCAUUUCGUGCUUCCAUGAGAAAUGGUACAGGAGCUUCUCAGUUGCUAAGGAGUCUCAGAGUCGUGAAGUUUUGAUAUGUAAUCACUUGUUGAACCGAAGACUCGAUGAGGCUCGAGAGAUUUUCAAUCAGGUUCCAUCACCUCAUGUGAGUCUUUACACCAAGAUGAUUACGGGAUACACGAGGAACAAUAGAUUGGUUGAUGCGUUGGAUAUGUUCGACGAAAUGCCUGUGAGGGAUGUUGUUUCCUGGAAUUCGAUGAUCAGUGGUUGUGUAGAGUGUGGAGAUAUUGAUACUGCAGUGAGGCUGUUCGAUGAAAUGCCUGAGAGAAGUGUGGUUUCGUGGACAGCAAUGGUGACUGGGUGUUUUAAGUCGGGUAAGGUUGAUCAAGCGGAGAGAUUGUUUUCUCAAAUGCCUGUGAAAGAUACUACAGCGUGGAACACAAUGGUUCAUGGGUAUUUACAGUUUGGUAAAGUAGACGAUGCCUUGAAGUUGUUUAAGCAAAUGCCUCGGAAGAAUGUAAUUUCGUGGACAACUAUGAUCUGUGGGUUAGACCAGAAUGAGAGGAGUGGAGAGGCUCUGGAUUUGUUCAAGAACAUGUUGCGUUGUUGCAUAAAAUCGACUUCAAGAACUUUCACUUGUGUAAUUACCGCGUGUGCGAAUGCUCCAGCGUUUCAUAUGGGUAUACAAGUUCAUGGCUUCAUCAUCAAGUCUGGUUUUUUCUAUGAAGAAUAUGUAUCUGCUUCGCUCAUAACUUUUUAUGCAAACUGCCAAAGAACAGAUGAUUCUCGGAAGGUGUUCGACGAGAAGAUUCGUGAACAAGUUGCUGUGUGGACUGCUCUAUUGUCAGGUUAUAGUCUGAACAAGAAGCACGAAGAUGCUUUAAGUGUAUUCUCCGGUAUGUUUAAAAACAGUAUAUUACCAAAUCAAUCAACAUUUGCUAGCGGAUUAAACUCUUGCUCUGCUUUGGGAACAUUGGAUUGGGGUAAGGAGAUGCAUGGAGUUGCUGUGAAGCUUGGUUUAGGAGCUGAUGCCUUUGUGGGUAAUUCUCUGGCUGUGAUGUACAGUGAUUGUGGAAACGUGAACGAUGCCGUUUCAGUGUUCACAGAAAUCUCCAAGAAGAACAUUGUGUCAUGGAAUUCCAUUAUCGUUGGCUGCGCGCAGCAUGGGCGUGGAAAGUGGGCGUUUGUCAUAUUUGGUCAAAUGAUUCGCCUAAACAAAGACCCAGAUGAGAUCACUUUCACUGGCUUGCUCUCUGCUUGUAGCCAUUGCGGGUUUCUACAGAAAGGAAGAAAGUUGUUCUAUUACAUGUCAAGCGGACUAAAUUAUAUUGAUAGAAAGAUUCAACACUACACUUGUAUGGUUGAUAUUUUGGGAAGAAGCGGGAAACUGAAAGAAGCAGAAGAACUUAUCGAGAGCAUGGUUGUGAAACCUAAUGAAUUAGUUUGGUUGGCUUUACUUAGUGCUUGUAGGAUGCAUUCUGAUGUAGACAGAGGCGAGAAAGCUGCUGCAGCCAUCUUUAAUAUGGAGUUAAAUUCAAGCGCUGCUUAUAUCUUAUUGUCAAAUAUAUAUGCUUCUGCUGGUAGAUGGUCGAAUGUAUCGAAAUUGAGAGUUAAGAUGAAGCAGAAGGGGAUAAUGAAGAAACCCGGGAGCAGUUGGGUUGUGCUUAGAGGGAAAAAGCAUGAAUUUUUCUCAGGUGAUCAACCACAUUGCGUGAGAAUAUAUGAGAAGUUGGAGUUUCUGAAAGAGAAGUUGAAGGGACUUGGCUAUGUUACUGAUUAUAGAUCUGCUUUACAUGAUGUUGACAAUGAACAGAAAGAAGAGAUGUUGUGGUAUCACAGUGAAAGGCUUGCUAUUGCGUUUGGGUUGAUUAAUACAGUUGAAGGAAGUACAAUCACAGUGAUGAAAAAUCUACGUGUUUGUGAAGAUUGCCACUCAGUGGUUAAGUUGAUCUCAAGAGUUGUGGGACGUGAGAUUGUUUUAAGGGAUUCAAGUCGGUUUCAUCAUUUUGAGGAUGGAACGUGUUCUUGUGGGGAUUAUUGGUAGAAAAGUUAGUUGGGAAAGUUCAAAC